GACACACAGAAAACUAAUCCUAAUCUUAACUUAUAACUUUCGUGGACCCCCCAUAGUUUGUUUGACUGGUUUUGCCAUAAGCAAAACUGGUCUCUUCAAACCGUCAAACUGGCUCUACCUACUCAAGCACCAAACCCCCAGAACUGGGGACGAUGGGUUCCCCAGCAGUCUAACGCGGAGUAUGCGAUGGUAGACACCUCUGGCAUUAUGCAGUUUAACUCAAACCCAUCAACCACGGCACCCAUCCAACGACAUGCCAUGGCUAAUCAUUUCAUGCCGGUACCAAUGGGUAAUGCGUAUGCCAUGACAACUCCCGUGACCAGUCCGCAAGCACCACAGUAUUCAGCCAACAAUCACUUCAUAUAUGGACCCUAUACACCUCAAUCGCCUCCCAUGUCCUUCAAGCAAUACCAGGAGGAGUGCUCACCACCACGCUCGAUGACUUCCGACACCGAAGGAGCACACGUUGAAUUCCAAAGGGAGCUGGGCCAGGAAAAUUCCAUAGAGCAGGACGAGCCACCACGUAUAAAGUACGAGCCCCUGGCGACUACCGAGCGAUCACCCACCCCGCCCGUUACUUCCAAGACCAUCACCCGGAACGUAUCAGAAAACGCGGCCAAUGAGAUAAUUUUCAACACCGAAGUCGAUUCCCUGAUGAGAGCGAUCCAAUUAAGAGAUGGAGGAGCUGCUGACUUUGAAGUGGCCGCAUACCCUUCUCCUCCACAGGUAGACGAAGAAAAGUUCGACUUGCGUAAGAAGUCGCGUAGCCCAGAAGAACCCAAACCUGCCAGCGGCCGCCGGAGAAAGGAGCGGCAGAAACGGUACAUUUGUGACAUCCAGGGGUGUGGGAAGCGAUGUGCUCAGAAAACCCAACUGGAAACCCACAAGCGUGCACACACUGGAGAGAGGCCUUUUAUAUGUACGGAGCCUGGGUGUGGUCAGGGAUUCACUCAGAGAGGUAACCUAAAGCACCACCACAACAUUUUCCACAAGGAUACAAUCCUGAAUCUUACAACGAGAUUCAGAAAUCUGGCGCCCGGUGAAAGGCUUGUUCCCAAGGAGGAGAAACUGAUGAAACACUUCGCGGAGCUCUACAAGAACAGCAACAAAGGUAUCAAAGGGAGAGGCAAGCUUCGCAGGGGAAUCUCCAAACCACAACAAAACCUAGACAUCUCGAACAUGGCGCAUCACUACGCCGUCCAGCUGACACCGCCCAUGCAACCUCAACUGUACCAAUACCGCCAUCCCAUACAGCACGGUCUUCCAUGUCCCGACAGUUUCGCUGACUCAGGUAUGCCCCGAAAUGUUCCGCUGGGAAAUAUGAUGGUUCCUCGAGAUCAUCAAGUGGCAUACGGAGUAUACGAGAUGGAUCAAGCGAGCGUGACAUCUGGUGAUACUACCAAUGCUUCCAACAGCCCAGGCGCUGUCUACGAGGGUGACCACGGUCGUCAGUAUAUUCCUCAGCACCACAUGUAUUAAAAAGCCUUGCCUUCCUUCGGCCUAGACAUGGAAAGAGAGUAAUAAUACCGCGUUAAUCCAACAAUUUGAAUAUCAACUUUUAUGGCCAUCUGAUUCAUUCUUCUCUCGAGAGAAAUAAAAGUCGAAUUGCAUACAUUACAUCUAUCUACAAUGGGCAGCCAACAGUACCGGCACAUUUUUGAAGAACGCACACACACAAGAUUUACCAAAAGAGAAAAAGCCAAAAAAAAAAAGACAGUCAGGACACACAAAAAUAGUUCGCAUACAAGUUCAUCAUCAAACUUUUUGUAAUAAAUCCCAAAGUUUAUAAACCAAUGAUUCU